UUUGUGACACAGCGUCGUCAUGGGGUCAUGCCAUUUCGACUAUAGCCGAGUUGCUUAUAAAAUGAUCCCUAAAAGAACCACUUGCCACAGCAGUAUCCACCACAGCACCAGAAAUAUGUUGUGGAAGGCUGUUCUCCCUUUCCUGUUUGCAGCGACAAUUGCAGCGGUUCCAGCAUGGGAGACAAACAUGCGGUACCUGUACAACAUACAGAGCCGUGCGCUGACGGGUCUACACCAAGUAGCGGACCAGUACGCAGGAAUCCUGAUGGAAGCACGCCUUGCUGUUGAACCACAGUCAGAGGAACUCCUGAGGGCCCAGCUCCUGCAGCCAAUGUAUGCAAAAGUACAUUCCAUACUGCCUGAAGGAUGGGCCGAGGAGAUCGACGAUCGUCAUCUGUCAUUUAAUCCAAUGCCUAUAAAAAGCAAUCCUUUCGAAAUCAGACUGGACUCUGAUGGAUUGGUAAAAGAACUUCUCGUCUCUAGGCAGACCACAGAGUCAGAAGCGAACAUGCUGAAAGGUAUAGUGAGUCAGUUCCAGCUGAACACUCAAGCAGUGCAUCUUAUCACACAUCGCCAGAACCACAUCCCGGGCCCUAAUUCUGACAGCGCACUGUACAGCGUCAUGGAGAGCGCUGUGACUGGAGAGUGCGAGGUUUUGUACGACGUCUCCUCAUUCCCAGAAGCAAUAAUAAGGGCACAGCCGGAAUUGGCACCGUUGGACGCCAAGGGAUCCCUCAUUCAGAUUAUCAAGUCCCAAAACUUCUCAAAUUGCAAUCGACGAAGGGUUUACCAUUUUGGAUUCAGUGAUUCUGAGAAUAUUCAGCCUGGUGGGAACGUGGGCAACCUCGUGGCUAGAUCUUCACUGAGCCGUGUUGUCAUCUCAGGCAGUCUUAACAAAUUCAUCAUUCAGUCCUCCGUGACUACCAACAGGGUGUUUCUGAGUCUUGAGGUGUCCAACGACCAGAAGGGUAUGUCAGCAAGUCGCGUCAAUGUCACCAUUGAAUCAAUUACAAAAACACAGAAGAUUCCCUCCCUUAGGGGCCAGCGUAGUGUUGGAGAUCUUGUGUAUCGUUUCAACAGUCAUGACAGACAUUUAUCACACUUCAAAGGGAAAAGCGAUAGUGGAUACACCUCGGACACUGACAGCAGCAGAAGCAGCAGUGAAGAGGACACCACAACACAGAGAUCUAAUGAUCCACGGAAGUCACAAUUAACUGGAAAGGAAGCCAACAUGAAGGAUCAGGAUGAUAGUGGUGAGUUGUUGUGGAAAGAGUCGAAAAGAACCCGCAGAUCAAUGCAAGCUAAAAUAGGGGCUUCGGGCAAUAAGAGCUACAGCAGUAGCAGCAGCAGUAGUGGUAGCAGGGAAAACGAAGAACAGACUGAACUAGAAGUUGAUUCUGCGCCCUGCAUGCCUCUUAUCCCAUCCGUUGUGGGAAUUCAAGAAAGUAAACUUCGUGCUUCCAAACAAAUCGACCCUGUUCGGACAGUUGUCAAGAUCGCCACUAAGAUUGGUAGUGAACUGGAGAAACCUUGCUGGUUGGUUGAGGAUAAUACACUUUCCAAGUUCACUCUCAUGACACGUGUUCUACGCACUAUGGACAGCAAACAAAUAGACGAAGCAACAAGAACUCUAGAGCCAUCUUCUCCAACGAAUCCAAAUCUCAACGGCAAUAUUAAAUGGGGAGCAUGGAAAUCCCUCCGCGAUUCCGUCGCUCAAACCGGAACCCUUCCAGCCCUUUCUGUUAUAGCUGAUCUCAUACGUAAGGACAAAAUAUUGGGCAACGACGCGGCAGAAGUUGUGGCUCUUUUGUCCCGCUCGGCCCUCACACCAACUCCUGCCUACCUCGAUAUGUUUUUCGAACUAGUCAAAGAUCCAAAGGUAAGAGAGCAGCCAUUCCUAAACCUCACAGCAGUGAUUUCCUUCUCAACUAUUCUUCGUGAGGUUGCUGUCAACACCCGAACUGCAACCGUACGAUAUCCAGUUUACGUCUUCGGCCGCAUGGUACCAAAACAUUUCACUGCGUUGACAGAAAAAUACAUUCCGUAUUUGGGUCACGAACUCCACAAGGCUAUAACAGAGGGCAACAGUCCAAAGAUUCAGCUGCAUAUUCUUGCACUUGGAAAUAUAGCUCAUCCGAAUAUUCUCCAGUAUUUGGAACCUUAUCUGGAAGGUCGAAUUGGUGUGUCCAAAUUCCAGCGACUUCUAAUGGUUUGUGCUUUGAUGAAACUGACAAAAAUGCAUCCCGAAGUGGCCAGUCCAAUUUUACUUAAACUGUAUGAAAACCUUGGAGAAGCUUAUGAAAUCCGCACAGCAGCAGUAUUUCUGUUGAUGGAAACAAAGCCUUCAGAGACUCUACUUCAGAGGAUGGCAGAGUUCAGCAACUUUGACACCAGCAAACACGUCAUUGCUGCUGUUCACUCCGCUAUAAAAUCUGCUCCAAAUCUUGAAGAACCGUUCACAUUUAGGACAAAUGGAAAAGCAGCUGUGAACCUCUUGGCACCUAACGUAUCCAGUAGCCGCAAAACAACAAACCUCAAGAAACCAGGCACUAAGAGGAACAAUGAGGAGACUGCUACAAUACCAGACAUUGCAAAUGAAAACAUGGAACAAGUAGAAGGAAACUUCAUGUUUUUCCACGCAGGCAGUGACAGGGUCUUCCCAUUUGACUAUCACACGCUGCAGAAUAUUCCAGUGCUUAUGAGAGACAUGGCCCGGAAAUAUAGGAAUCCUGAGACAUUUAAUUACACCAAAAUCUACUACAGAGAUAAUAUUAUGCUUGAGUUUCCUAAUGCAAUGGGCCUUCCGUUUAUAUUCACAUUGAGAACACCGACCCUCAUGAAGAUGGCAGCAGAAACCAGUCUCCGCUCACAACCAGACUUGGCCCAUGGGUCAGACAGAAAGGUCGUGAUCCCUGAAUCUGUGAACGUCACAGCAGAUGCUCAGUUUGUGUACAACGUCCAGCUUGACAGCAUGCUGGGCUUCGUUACGCCCUUUGACAACAUGCGAUACAUCGCUGGUCUGGAUAGAAACAUGUUAUUCCAUAUCCCAGUGAAAGCAAAUGUUGAUGUGGACGUACUGAAGAGGAAACUUACUAUAAAUGUGAUGCCAGGAAGAAACAGAAGAGUCACACUGACACAUCUGCGCACGCGCCCCUACACUAGCACACACGACAUCUUCAACAUGAUCCCCGUGUUGGAAGACAGCAGCACAAAAGUGAUACAUGUGCGUCCGACCAGGAAGUCCAAUAUGACGUUUGGCCAGCAGACCGGAGUGGUGUUCCAUUUACAAUCAGAAUCAGAAGAAGAAUUCUCAGACUUUAAGUCUCAACUCGACUCUGCACAGAUGCCUGACGCCCAUUCCAAGUUGUACUUCAACAACAUUGCACACGAUAUCCUUUACGAAGAUACCAGGCUGACAUACGACCCACAGCGAAGCACUGCUAACGUUGUUAAAAUAACAGCGGUCUAUGAUACUGACGUUGAAGAUGAAGACGAUUCGAACACUGAAAAUGGAUCAGCUCAUUUGAAGAACCAGAAGAGCCCACUUCCACGAAGUGUGAACAGAAAAUGGCAGAACACGCAGGAAAGUGGCCCUGAAUCCAUCAACCCCGCAAAUCCAGAGCCAUAUACAGCCCCUAACUGUAGACUUAGACGCAAGAAAUUUCUUUCCAAGGCUGCUGCAAGAGCUGGAAAUGCAACAGCUUCAGUUAUUGACCUUUCUAUCACAUUCGAGGGACAGACAAAGGCAGUGUUCUUAAUGACGGCUGCUUCUGCCUCCUCUCCAGUGAACGGAAGUGGAAGCCUUCUUGUCUUCAUGACAUCACAACCUGCUCAACAUCCGGAAAUUGCAGAGCAGCAAUUAAUUCCUGAAUUACAGGUAUGUCUGUUUGGGGACGUCUCAAUGCCUCAAGUACCAAUCAUCAACUUCAGUGAAGCACUGAAAUUCAACCCAAAUUCUUCAGUGAGGGCUUUGUUGAAUUUUGGCGAGACUUGUAACAAUGGAGCUACAGUGAUGCUCAACGGUCAAUUGGAACUAACCAAUAAGCGCCAAAAAUACAUUGCCGAUAGUCCAAUGGCCAAAUUAUGUGAGUCGCAAAUGAUGGAAGGGAACUAUCUUCUACCUGCCUGCCGCAUUGCCACUGAGAGCGCCAAUAAUCUUGAUCAGUAUCGCUUGAAGAUUGCGUUAAAUAAUGUCACCGAAUUCCAGAAGAACAACGUAUAUAUACUAUAUAAUAUGGCACGUGAUCUUCUUCGUCCCUACAUCACGGAGAAUGCAUACCCGCAGAACACUAGAGAUGUUACAGUGCAUGUUACAGCCAAUCUCAAUGAACAAAGCACUGCCUUAAACAUGACCAUGGAAACGCCGUUACUGAACGUGAAUGUAACCAACGUCAGACUCAGUAAACUGGCAAGGAGUCUACUUAACAUAAAUCCAGCGAAGACGGUUAUGGAGCGGAUUGGAAGAACCGUUUCUUCUCUCUACUAUGAGCCCUCGUGUGUUCUCGACACCACAGAAGCAAAUACGUUUGACAAUAGAACGUACCCCCUAGAGCUUGGGAACUGUUGGUACGUCAUGAUGAUGCUGGUUCCCAAACUUCCAGCUGACCACACUCGUCCACAAAACUCGCGUCGUGGCCUAAACAGGCUCGAUCGGGUUACGGUUUUGGUGAAGGCAGUUGGGCACAAGAAGAAAGUGAAGGUGUUACUAAGUUCCGCCACGUUAGACCUGCAACCUGUUGUGGAGCCUCGCCCUGGCCCAGCGGUACAGCUCAGCAUCAACAGCAAACCCGUUCUCCUUACGUCAUCCCACGCAACAGAGCUCCGUGAUGACGGAGAACUGUUGGGCUUAGUGUACGAAUUCCCAAGUGGUGCGGUACAGCUCACCUUGCCGAAUAACAACUUGGUGCUUGUGUACGAUGGAGCGAGAGUUAUGUUGCAGGCCAGUAAUGAGUACAGCCACCAAGUUAGGGGGCUCUGUGGAACUUUCGAUGGGGAACCCUUUACUGACUUCAAGACACCAAGGAACUGUCUCGUCACUGAACCAUCCAUACUUGCUGCCACUUAUGCAAUCGACGAUAAUUCUUGCGAAGCCCCAGUCAGAAACAUGAAGAAAAACGCCAGUGAAGAGUUAUGCGUUCAGGAAAGGAGCAGCUUUGCUGAUGUGAUAGCUAACGGUCAACCAAAAAGUUCUCGCCAAAGAGGAAUCCAAAUCAAUCAAUCCGUCAAUGACUCAUCCUCGUUUUCAUCUUCUGAAUCAAUUUCUGACCAUAACUCCAAUUCAAAUUAUGAAGUGAAUUUAUUUCCUCUAUCUAAGAGACCUUCAAGACUGAACAACAAAAUCUCCCGCCAUAAUCCGAAACACGUUUCAAACAGCAUAUCAUACAAGACAGUUAUCAUUACAGACAACGAAGAAAGUUGCUUCAGCAAGAAUCCUCUGCCAGCUUGUACAACAGGCUACCACAUCACAGCAACUGUGAAGAAGUACGCGCCAUUCUUCUGUACUGCUGAGAGACACCUUGCCGAACGUUAUAUUAAACUGGUGAAUAACGGCUUCUUUCCUGAUUUCCGUCUGCAUAAAGGACUCAGACCUAUCGCCGUGCUUGUUGCUGCUAAAUGUGAAUUAAACCCAACAGCUUAACAAUAAUGUCGCGUCCCUAGAAUCUGCGUAAUAACUCAUAAAAUUAAUAUAUGUAAGCAUUAAAUUAUUUUACGAGGCUCUUACUGUCACAAAUGGAGAUUCUGUGCAUUUCACUGAACAUUCAACAUAGAAAAGGAUCGAUAAUUCUUCAUCAUAUCGAUAUUUCAUGGUGACAUUACGUUCUUGUUCAGUGUAAUAAAUUUAAGCAAAAUGUCAGGAGCUCAAGCAGUUAGUCUUCGGUUCCCAAAUGCGACGGUCCGGGUUCGAUUGAAAGUCAAGUCACGUAAGGAUUUAUUGUGGACAAAGUGGCUCUGGAUCAGGUAUUCUCCGAAUAGUCCGGUUUCCCUUGCCUGUUCUUAUUCUAACUAAUGCUCUGUACUCAAUAAUCGGUUCAAUAUGACCCUUGUGGCCGGUUUACCAAGGGAACUCAGUCUCGUCCCACCCUAUGAACUAGAAAAAAGGGAAAGCAGUCUUCUGGGAUGUGGCGCCGUGUAGAUAUUAUCGCUUCCAUCUUCAGGGUAGAAGACAAGAAGGAA